AUGGUUAUUCUUACAUCAUCUUCUAACGAAAAAAUUACUUUUAUAGAAAAAUAUCUUGGUGAAAAGAAUGUUUCUACAAUUAAUUACAAGGAAAUACCAGAAUGGGGUAAAAAAGCAAAAGAAAUAAGUGAUGAUGGAAAAGGAGUUGAUCAUAUUCUUGAUGUUGGUGGUGCAAAGACAUUGAAACAAUCGUUAGAAGCAAUUGCAUUCAAUGGAUCAAUAAGUGCUAUUGGAUUUCUUGCACGUAACAACAAAGACGACAAGAGUUCGUCAAUUGGUGAUAAUGAUACAUCUAUGUAUGCAUUGAAGAAGAAUGUUACUCUACGUGGAAUUCAAGUUGGUAGUGUAGAACAGUUUAAUGAAAUGACUCGGGCGAUUGAUAUGCAUCAGAUUAAACCUCUUAUUGAUAAAGUAUUCAAAUUUGAAGAUCUAAAGAGUGCCUAUGAACAUCAAUGGUCACAACAACAUGUUGGAAAAGUGGUUAUCAAAAUAACACCAAAUUAG